AAUGCCCCAGUUUGGGAGAAUGUGAAUGUAUCGAAAAGAGAGCUUUUGAAAUGCGUAGUCGAGAAUUUGAGGGAAACAAAAUAAAACUUGAAGGUAACUUGAACAAAAUAAUUCAUGAGAGUAGCUACCAGUUAUAUACAUUAUUUUAACUAGGUAUGUUCGUCUAAUAUGAACCUCUCCUCUCCAAUAUUCACCACCUCUCUUUUGAGGUGGUUCUGGACCUUAUAGUUAAACGCAAAACUCUGCAUGUAUAGUUAUUCCAAAUGAUAUCUAGUCGAUCCGCCCGACACAAUUAAGUUACCAUUUUGUAACAGCCGUAACGAGUUUCUAUCCAUCUUAAUACUUCCAUGUAAGUUUCGUUGAAAACAGGAAGAGAUGAUUGAAAAAUUGCAAUUUCCCGUGCUUCAGUUUAUGGACGUAUUAACCGAUGUGUCUUUGUAAAUGGGUUUAAAUAAAUCAAUAAAACAUAUCAAUUAUUUGGUCCUACAUGAACCUCGUUUAAAAUAAUUGUAUGUAUAAUUUUCAUUCCUUAGAUUUAGCUGCUGAAUCUCCUUGCGAGCAUCGUAUACGUAGAGAUAUCAUGAGCUUGUCCAGAGAAGAAAGACGUCGAUAUAUCCAUGCAGUAAAAGCUAUGAGAACUGACCCACGUACCAGCAAACGGUAUUAUGAUUUGGGGCAUGUUCACGUCGAUCAUUUCUGUAAAGUUCUUCAUUGUAAAGUUUUCUUUCUCCCUUGGCACCGUUGGUUUAUUCUACAAUAUGAAAAUCUUCUUAGAGAAAUCGACCCUAAUAUUACUUUAGUUUACUGGGAUUGGAGCAUGGUAAUGGUAAAUCCAUUUGAUAUUAAUCUUUGGGAUGACAAUGAAUGGUCGUUUGGCGGAGAUGGGAUUGGCGUUAAUCAUACAGUAAUCACUGGUCCAUUUAAAGAACCUGAAUGGCAAAUGAUUCCUCCAUACGGCCCAGAUGCUGACUUACAAUUGAGACGAUAUUUACAUUUCACGUACCCCGCACCAGGCAUCGCAAGCGCUUUACAUCUUGCAAUUUUGCUGAAACUGAAGCCUCACGAGUUUCAGGAGUGGCUAACCAUUUUUCAAAGUUGGCACGAUAAUGUUCACAACAAAGCUUUUGGGUGGGAAAGUACAAUGAGCAAUACAUAUUCAGCCUGGACACCAGAAUUCUUUUUGCAUCAUACAUUUGUCGACAAAUAUUGGUCUGAGUGGCAAGAACAGGGCUAUGAUUACAAAUAUAUUUCGUUCUAUAUGAAGCAGACGCGGUAUAUGCAGGGGACACACUACUUACCCAGAGAUCUCGCGGAUCUGAAAUACCAAGAGGGAAACGUAUGUGUAACAUAUCAGAAAUCAUUAAAUGACUGGAUACACAAAAUGCUCAGAAGUACGUAUCUAGUUAUUUGUUGUGCAAAGUAAUGUUUUAUCCAUAAUUAAAUCUAAUUUGCCCCGUAUCUUGGAAACUACUGUAUUGUGGCAGAUACUGAAUUAGGAUUUUUAAAAAGUCAGAGUGCAGAAAGUUACUGCUUUUACCCGAAAGCUUCGUGGAAGAAAUAAGUCAUUAUGACGUAUUGAACUCAUUUAAUGUCAUAUAAAUAACGAAUGUUUUCAUCAAUCCAAUUGCAAGAUAUUUACAUUUCUUAAAAGAUGGAUAUUUUCAUCCCGCUCGGCUGUCUCCUAGUAGAAUCAAAAUUUCAAAUUUUACCACAUAAAAUCUUUAAUUCAGUUAUUAUUGCACUAUAUAGUAAACGCUAAGCAAUGACCAUCUAGAAGCAAAAUAAGUAUACCUUGUAAACUACAGUAGAUCACAGCCAAUAAUAGCGACUUCUCAAUACUCGGUCGAGGGAGAACGGUGUCUCAUAGGUUGACCUCUCUAACUCUCUUCAGCCUCUUUGCCGCAGUACCAAAUACGGAAGGACGAAGGGAUAGUUUUUUCCAACGAGGUAAUGUGCAUUUUGCUAAGGGGAACCAAUUUUGCAUCAUCACACGCGCAAACUAAGGCGUAGUCAUCGAAAGAUGUGGGAGCGUAAUGCCUCCAAUAUUUUUUCAUGUAAGAGAACUUCAGCUAAAUUUCCGAUUGCGAAUAUUAAGGGUUGAUUUGAUCCCGCUUUGCCAGGAUGAGAUUUGAGUCAGGAUCGGAUUAUUUUGAUGUAUUGAAAUUAACGAACUUACUCAGAGUGCAUGAUUCAGCAAAAAACUACAUUCAUAAUAUAGAUUAUAAACUGUAAACAUGCAAAGGUUGUUCAAGCAGCAAUAAUGGAACUGCAAGAUUUUUAGCUGCAAGAUUUUUGAAUUGAAUUGCAAGAUUUUUAACAAGCAUUUGAACUUUCAUUUAGCUUAUAUAUGUAAUGACUUAUUUAAAUCGCCUUCCAACAAGCAAACAGCCCCUAAGAUGCCUAUUCAGGAGGUAGGAAAAGUGUAAUUUGAAUAUGAAACACCUUGCACAAAGUCGAAUAAAUAAAUAUUGCAAGCCAUAGCAACAGCUCAUGCCAUGAAAGUUUUUAAUGAUUUGUAUAAUUCAAAUGAUGCAGGUUUAUUAACAUAACAUGACCAGUUGCCAUGCAUGGCAAGCUAGUCAGAUUGCCACUGCAUACUGUAUAAUAUCAAUUUUUAAUUAAAGUCAGUUUUUGUCCCAAUUAUCGUUUUAAUGGCACCUUCAGGUUGUUCUACCUUAUGGUAGAACAACCAAACAAUCUGGUGAUAGGGAAACAGAAUCUAUUUGUUGACAUUUUUGUUCAAUAUGCCAGCUUCAAAUGACAUCACCCAUUGUAAUGAUUAAGAUUGUACUCAGUCAGAACUGCAAAACUAUAUAUUAAUAAGAAAGAAAUUGCGAGCAAUUCCGAAAAAUAUGGUAUACCCUAAAAUAUAGUGACACAGCUAGGUGAAUAUAUGAAUGUAGGCUGGUAGGAUUAUUUCACAGAUAUAAGAAGACCAUAACACCUUUUACAAAAGUGAAUUGACAUGCUGUUAUGAGUUUAUGCACCAGUCAAAGUACUCCCCAACCUCAUAUUGGGAAUUUGUUGGUUUUGUCAUUCUGCCGAAUUACACCUGGAAGAUAGUGGGGGUAAUUGUUAGAGGAUUGUUGGCAGCCAUAUAUACAUUUUGUACUAUUUUGUCCGAUGGAAUCCCCAGAUUCUACCAUUUUAUACCAUGUGACAAAGGUCAAGAUGGCGUGCUCGCAAGGAAUUCGAGAGGUAUUUUAUAAAUUUGUUAUAAUUCACUAACUACAUUAUUUUAAUAUGUUUGAUAUUAAUUUAAUUAAGAGAUACAUUCGCUUCCACGACUUACAAUUUUUCCCUGGGAGAUGGGGCAUUUUUUGUCUUUUGCCAUAUUUUGUCCAAUAUAUGGUGGGGGCAUUUGUCUGUUUUGGUACACUAUUCAAAGCCAAUCUCCACCUAUAUCCUGGGGUGGGUUUUACUUUUACUGGUGCAUUACAUGUAAUACAUGAGUAAAUUCCUGGAGUAACCAUCUCCCCCGGAACACUCUCGGGAAUUUGUGUGAUAGACAGUUCACAGGGGUCGGGAAUUUGCCUGUCAUAUACAUGCACCGGGGCCGGGUAUUGUUAUAGUAGCUGAGACCCCGGGGAUUUGACAAAUGGUUUCACUUUUGCGAAAAUUAUAUUAGCUGUGCCAUGCGAAUUUAAAUACAACAAUAAAAGGUUAAUGAUUUCCGCCGUUGUUUAAAUCCUUUUAACCACUCUUAUAGUAUUCCAUAGGAGUUUAAUAGUAUAAUGUUAUUAAAUAACUAUGCCUAUGAUAUGCCAUUAAAAUUUUCCACUCUCAGCUUGCCCAAGGGUAACCUGGUGGCAGUGGUUUCUGAGGGCCGUGCAUUAGUCUCCCAGUUGUGUCGCUGUACCCGGGCAUUUGCACUAUCGUAACCAAUCAAAUCAAAUUCCCGGGUGUGUUCCAGGGGGGAGGGGUUACCCCUGGAAUUGACUCAUGCAUAACUGCUGAUAUUUAUAGUUUAUAAUAUGUGCACACAAGUACACAAAGUCAACAAUCCACACUGGGACGCUUUGGAAUCUUUAUAUUAAGCCUGAUUAUUAUUAAUUAAAGACGUCCGUACAUGUAGAACGAACACUAUAAACUCAUCAAUCAAUCAAUCAAAAACAUUUAUUUAAACACGAUUUAAAAAUGAGCAGCAACUUGCUGAUGUGGUCGUAUGGCCGCGUGUCAUCGCAUUGGCCUUCGCACAUCGCCACACAAACAAAUAAACUAAAAUGAAUUUUGACUCAUUGUAUAAAUAGGACAUUAUUGACGAAUAGAUCAAGACAGCCGACGAUAAAUAACCAUAUAUAAGUUUAUAAAUGCAUAUUGUUUCAAUACUUCUAUACUAUAGUAUACUUUGGUAUACUAUAUCAAAACAGCAUAUGUAAAUAUACAAAAUGCCUUCAUGCAUAUCACCUGAAAGAUAUCCGGGAAGAUAUAAAGCCAUCCUUACCUGAUUUGUUCGUGAAAAUCCAACAAACUGCUUGUAAAUAUUAAAGCUCGACCGUAUUGCUCGUAUUCAACUGAAUCCCGAGAAGAAUCAUGCGUGCGCAAUACAAAAUAAAGUUUGGCCGCCCCCCUCGUAUAAAAAAACGUCCUGAAGCUUCAAUUACUGCCCUGGAAAUCCGAAACCCGGACAGACACAAAAUCGAUAUAUCGACAAUACAUAGAUCGCGCGAAAGACUGGGUCGAGUGGACUCUGGAGAAACCAUAGCAUGUCAAGAAUAGUGUGCUGCCUCGCUUCGCUCGGCAGCAACAAACAGUCAAACGGCGAAUAAUACAUGUUUUGUUUAAAUGCUGUUUCCCAGCUAGCCGGCUUUAUGACACGGCUGUGUUUGUCCUUAACUGCGCUUUGCGUAUUGUCAAAAACGUGUAAUAACAUUAAGUGACUGCAUGUAGCGUAGAGAACAAUGGGAUUUUCAAAAUAACAAAAUGACAGCUAAAUAUUCCAAGCACUGGCUCGUGACUGAAUUGCACUUUGAGCUACUGGUAUGCUACAAGCGUUAUGGGCUUUUUGCAUUGAACUCUGGAAAAUAACUUUCGAGUGGGAAAUAGUAAAUAUCCUCCUCAUGCAUAUAUUAGAAUUUAUGUUCAGUGUAAGAAUAAAAUAUGUAAAUAUUUUUUCCCGGCCAUAUUUUCUUCAAUUAGUGAUGAUUCUUAACUGAUAAAGAACUGAACCGUUUUUAAAAAAAAAUUACACAACACACCUUUUUCUAUUUCAGGUUUGUCUCUGGAUCAAUUAAGAGAUAUCAGGGGACUGCAAAUCGUACCAUUUGCGGCUAAUAAUGUCAACAAAUGGAACCCAGCAAAUUCAGUUUUUAUUAACACAACAAAUCAUAUGUUUAUGGAUAAUUAUGGACUGCGUAAUCCGAUAACUUUGGAAGAGCUUGCUGGAACAGAUCGGCAACGUGGUUUUCGCCUUCGGGAUUUAAUAGAAGC